AUGGCACACUACGAAGAUGAGAGCUUCGAUUACAAUGGGAUGGACUACAGUGAAUAUUAUAAAUACUCAUCAGGUGAUUUCGAUGAUGGAUCAUGUGACAACUCCAGUGUGAGGGAUUUUGGCCAAGUCUUCCUGCCUGCCAUGUAUAGUUUGAUCUUUGUGGUUGGUAUCAUUGGGAAUGGGCUGGUGGUUUGUGUAUUCGCCAAAAACUGUAAGGAGUGUUCCAUGGCUGACAUGUGUCUCUUUAACCUUGCACUGUCAGACAUCCUCUUUGUCCUGACGCUUCCUUUCUGGGCCCACUAUGCAGCCGUGUCCGACUGGACGUUUGGUGACUUCAUGUGUCGGGUAGUGACAGUGAUGUUUACACUCGGUUUCUAUGGCAGCGUCUUCUCCAUAAUGAUCAUAACCAUGCACCAUUACGUGUCCAUCGUCUGUACACGAGUGAAAAAAAUCCCUCUUCGUUCGUUCCGGGCGGCCGUGAUUCUGAUGGGAUUCGUGUGGCUUCCCAGUUUCUGCGCCUCCUUACCCACCAUCGUUUUAGCGCAUGUGGAAAACAAGACAGGGAGGUGUGCGCCAGGCUUUCUAGACAGUACAGUGUGGAAACAGUUCAUGUAUCUGGAGCAGAACAUACUGGCCCUGAUCCUUCCUCUUGCUUUGAUGAUCUUCUCAUACUCUCAAGUGAUCCCAGUUGUGUUACGCACGCGACUGUCAAAAAAGCAAAGAGCCAUCAAAAUCAUUCUUUUAGUGGUCACCGUAUAUUUCAUCUUUUGGGCCCCUUACAACAUUGUCAUCUUCCUGCACUAUUUACAAACACUGGGCUAUUUCACUGCGUGCGACGAGAUGACUAACAUCAACUUGGCAAUGCAGUGGACCGAAACGAUUGCUUUCAUUCACUGUUGCCUGAACCCGCUCAUCUACACUUCGGUCAGCCAGAAAUUUUCAAGACAGGUUCUGAGGAUAAUGAAGAAGUGGUUCCCCAUCUGUUUCAGCCACGGAAAAUGUCCCCAACUCAGCAGAGAACCAUCAGAGAGGAGAAGCUCUGUCCACUCCAACUCCACGGCAGUGAGCUCCUCCAUGCUGCUGUAA